CACCAGCAGACCGGCGCUGCGGAAACUGAGGCGAGUGUAGGAUUUGUUUUUAUCUCUUUUGUUUUUAAAUUGAUUCGCCUGCAAACGACCUGGGGUUAUACAGUCACAGGCUCUGCUGUGAACCAGCCCUUUUAGAGGAGACUGCAAAUUUCAAAUGGCUGUGUGAUGCAUACGCCGAAAGCCAGAACAAAAAUCACAAGCCCCUGACCUUUCGGGCACAGACUGAGAAUGUAGACGAAAUUGGAAGCGGAUUUGGAAAUAAGGAGGAUGAACCCAAGCCCGAUCCUCUGGAUAUUGGCUGUCUUCUUGGUUUCAGGAAUCGGUGCCAAGAAGUUCCAAGUUGUUCAGAAACUUCCAAGGAUUCUGGCAGAUGAGGGUCAAUCCGUCCUCAUCCCAUGCGAGUGGACAGGCAAUGUCUCCCUGACAAUAGGCUCUUUUAAAUGGUUGAAGGAUGGUGCGGAAGUUUCCAAUCAGACAGCGAAGUACACAGGGCGAGUGCACAGACCCCAACAGGAUUUCAUCCACAGCCGCAAUGCUUCCCUCUUGCUGAAGGGGCUGAAAGUUACUGAUUCUGGGAUGUACAGAUGCAGCGUGAAAUUCAUGCAGCUGGGUGAGGAAUAUGGGAAUGGAACACAGCUCACAGUCAGAGUUUCAGGAAUCGGUGCCAAGAAGUUCCAAGUUGUUCAGAAACUUCCAAGGAUUCUGGCAGAUGAGGGUCAAUCCGUCCUCAUCCCAUGCGAGUGGACAGGAGCUGAAAGUUACUGA